UGAGCAUCCCCUAUGUGCCAGGCACUGUGCUGAUGAGCUCUAGCGAUCCAGAGAGUGGCAAAAGGCAGUCCUCGCCCUCCAAAGCUCACAGGCUAGCGAGGGAGCCGCCCAUUGGAAAUAGUCAAGGAUGGCAGGAGGUGGAGGGAGGGUGGAGACGAACGUCCUGGUCGCUGCUCGCUCUCUGACCCGUUUGACCCGGUUUCUAGGAGUGUAGACGUCGGGGAAAGAGGCGUCUGCGUUAAUCCUUCCGCAGGACUAAUGGCCCCGUGCCUUUGUUUCUCUUUCCCAGAUUUUGAUGCUGAAAAUGAUCUUCAGCCACACCUCGAUGGACCACUGCAAGACGCCGGGCUUCCAGGGGGAGAGACCCAAGGAGUGCGACUUCUUCUUGACGGCCAUCCGCCUGGCUUCCCUCAACCAGAUCUUGGACCCCUGGGUCUACCUGCUGCUCCGAAAGAUCCUCCUCCGGAAGUUCUGUCAGGGAGAAGAGCCCCGCUGGAGACAAAGCAUCCGCUGGGAAGGACAGAGAGAUUCCCAGAGGACAAACGUGGAUGAGCCCGACCCAGACCGAUACAGAAGAAGCUGGAGGAGGAAUCGGCUUCAGAGGGUUUCCUUCGUGCCAGAGAGACACGCAGGCUAUGGACUGUGCCAAGGCGUCUGCCCUCCGAGGCCAGCCCAGAGCUACCCGGGCUGGGAGCUGCCCGGAGACUCUCCAAAGGAGAGAAGGACAUCCAGUAGCCCGGAGCUGUGAGGCGCCCUUUGUCAGCUGGACUCUCUACCUCAGUGCCUUGGUGCUCAGAGCCCGCCCUCCCCCAGGGCACCGUGUGUGCCAGGGCAAAGAGAGGGCUGCCUUUGUACCUGCUGGCAGUACCUUCUCAGUUAGCGUGUUUUCAAAAAGCUAAUUAUAUCUGUGACUGACUGAUUGAUGGAGGCUGUGAGUGUGGAAACCCCUACAGUCAGGACAAGGCUGCUCGUGGAAUCCUGAAAGUGGGGGUACCUUUGGGCCCCCCCAUCCACCAAUGUGGAGAGAAACUGGGGAAGCCGUUCCAGAGCGGGUGCUAAAUAACACAGCUGAGAUAGCGAUGCAUGCUUGUUGACCGGCUCUCUUUUUAUUGUCUUUCCUGUGGAGAAUGCCAUCACCCACCAUGAACACAAAUAUUUCAACCUAGAAAGAAGAAGGAGAAAGAGUUUAGAAAUGACUGAAUUUCUAUUGCGUACAGUUUAUUUUUCAAGAAGCAAACGGAUGGGCUGCUUCGAGCAGAGAUCUGAGCCGCAGUGCGCCAGGCUGCUGAGGCGGCAUCCAGGAGGAGGGUGGAGAGGCAACUGGCUCAGGGUGGAAACAAAGUCAGUGAGUGCUGCCUCGUGGGAUCAGGCUGAUGAGUGAGCCCUGCUCUUCCGCUCUGGGUGAGCGGGGAGACCCAGUGUUCAUGCAUGUGCACCGAGACACCCACACACAUAUGCACACAUGUAUGUAAAUACAAUACACGUAGGCAUGUGUACAAACAUAUUUAUGCAUGUAUAUAAACACAAAUACAUGUAUGUGUAUACACAUAUUAGAAAUGAAGUCUAUACAUGUACACACACAUAUUUAACAAGAUGUAAUAA